UUGUGUGUUGUUUUCUUAGGCCUGACCCGAUGGCUCCAUUUGCCGCUGGCGGUGCCGAUCUGGACCCUUUUGGGGGAAGAGCAGGAGGGAUGAUCGUCGAUCCAUUACGUGCCGGGUUUCCUCGCUCAGGGUUUGACCCCUCUUCUGGUAUUCCUGGAGUCCUUCCCCCUGGCGCUGUGCCUCCUGGUGCCCGCUUUGACCCCUUCGGGCCGGUUGGGCGACACAGACCUGGGCCAGACCCUGAUCACAUGCCCCCACCAGGAUAUGACGACAUGUUCAUGUAGACGCACUAAUAUUCCAUAGUUCUCGCUGCUCUGCAGUGAUACGCACUUUUUGUUUGAAUAAACUGGGUUGUGGUGAAACAUAAUUACUCUUAAUAAUUCUGUUACAGAAUUAUUAUUAAAACAAUAACAUUAUUGGUUAUUUUGAUAUUGCCAAAAAAAAUAACAACUGAUAAUUCCAUUUUUGUCUGAUUGUGUUCUACCUGGUUGCUCUUUUUUUGCUACUGACUCGUGCUGCAAUUCUAAAUUAAACUGCUUUUAUUCCAUCCCAUGUGAUUGAUAUUUUUCUGAUAUUAAAGACCGUUAAAAUGCUAAAUUGAUUUGAAACAUUAAGGUUUGCUAUUACGUUUCUAAUCUGCCUGACAGAUAAUAAUACAUUUGAAUACUUACAUACUUCAUUAAAUAAGGGACCUUGGCCAUAUACUAUUAUAGUUUUUCUGAAUAUUCAAUAUUGUUGUG